UGUGCAGGCGGGGCUUCGGUGACGCGGGGCGUUCCGGGCCGCUCUCUGCCCGGCUGCGAGGAUGGCGGGGAGGGGAAAGCUCAUUGCGGUGAUCGGAGACGAGGACACGGUGACUGGCUUCCUGCUCGGCGGCAUAGGGGAGCUGAACAAGAACCGCCACCCUAAUUUCCUGGUGGUGGAGAAGGAUACCACCGUCAAUGAGAUCGAAGACACCUUCCGGCAGUUUCUAAACCGGGACGACAUUGGCAUCAUCCUCAUCAACCAGUACAUCGCUGAGAUGGUGCGGCACGCACUGGACGCCCACCAGCGCUCCAUCCCAGCCGUGCUGGAGAUCCCGUCCAAGGAGCACCCCUACGAUGCCACCAAGGACUCCAUCCUGCGGAGGGCCAGGGGCAUGUUCACCGCUGAAGACCUGCGCUAGCAGGCUCCCCCUGGCCCUGCAGCCCAUUAGCCCUUCUUCAGCCUCUGGGCUCCAAGCCCCUGCCUCUCCCCACAUGGUUCCUGGGGUGCGGCCAUUAAAGCCACAGCUGGUCAUGGACCAGAGAGUCUGACUGUCUCCUCUCUCUCCACUGCCUUCUUCCUGUGCUGUUACAGUGUCACUGCUGGUGUUAAAUUAAAUAAAUGUCCUUGCUUCUCUCCA